GCCUGGAGGAGAUCUGCCUCCCUGCCCAGCUGCCUUCGAAACAACUCUCACACACACACACACACACACAGAGAGAGAGAGAGCGAGAAAGAGAGAGAGAGGGGAGGGAAAACACUGAUCUUUCUGGGGCAAAACCGUCCUUUUCAUUCCGCUUACGGCAAAGAAUACAGACCUGAGCGGAUCUCUGGAAAACGGCCGCUGACUGGAAGUUCUGGAUUACUUUAUUAUUAUUACUGUUACUAUUAUUAUUCUGUGGAAGGAACUGAGGGUUUGUUUUUUUUUAAGGAAAACACGAAAACGUCACGGAUCGAUGGGAGAAGGCGCACCGAUGGACGCCCCCCGCUGAGCUGACAGGCGAAGUCGUCGCAGCGGAGCCCCCGGUGGUGGUGGCCGUCGAGCAGCCCGAGUCGACGUCUCCGCCAUGAAGCGCGCGCUUUCGGACCAUUUCGUGAGCAGCUUCAGAGAAGAUGCCCCUCGGCCGCCGGUCCCGGGGGAGGAGGGGGACACGCCGCGCAGCAGCCCCGGCAAGCCGGCGGAGGCCACGACGAGAGCGCGGAGUGCGCCCCACAAGGCGGCGGCGGCGGCGGCGGCGACGACGGUGGCGGCGACGCCGGGCGCCCCGGGUUCCGCGGCGCGCAGGAACGAGGACGGACUCGGGGAGCCCGAAGGCAGCGCCUCCCCGGACUCCCCGCUCGCCCGCUGGACCAAGUCGCUCCUGUCCCUGCUGGGCGACCAGGACGGCGCGCACCUCUUCCGCACCUUCCUGGAGCGCGAGAAGUGCGUGGACACCGUGGACUUCUGGUUCGCCUGCAACGGCUUCAGGCAGAUGAGCCUGAAGGAGGCGAAGACGGCGCGGGUCGCCAAAGCCAUUUACAAGCGCUACGUGGAGGGCAGCGGCGUGGUGGCGCAGCGGCUCAAGCCCGCCACCAAAGCCUACAUUCGGGACAGCAUCAAACGGCAGCACCUCGACUCGUCCAUGUUCGACCAGGCGCAGACCGAGGUGCAGGCGGCCAUGGAGGAGAGCGCGUACCACACCUUCCUCGCCUCGGACAUAUACGUGGAGUACGCGCGCGCGGGCUGCGAGAGCCCCGUGCACGCGGCAGCUCCCGCCGACUUCGCGGGGCUCCGGCUUGUGUGCGGAUACCUGCCCACGCUCAUGGAGGAGGAGGAGUGGAGCGGCGGCGGCGGCGGCGGCGACUUCAAAGCCAAGGCGCUCGCGCCCUCAGUUCCCGCGCUGUCCGCGAGAGCGCCGAGAGCCGCGGACGCGCAGGACGGCGCGCGCAGGUUGUACAGACACAGCGGUGACCAGAUGAAGUCAUGUCACAUCAACACAGGCCACGUCUUUGCCCCGGCAUCCAGCGCUAACGACAGCGAGGUCUCCAGCGAUGCCUUGACGGACGACUCUAUGUCUGUGACAGAUGGCAGCGUCGAUGGCAUCCCAUCUUACAAGCUGGGUGCCAGGAAGCUACUGCAGAGGGAGAUGCAUCGAAACAUGAAGAUAAACGGCCAAGUGUCUCUACCUCAUUUUCCUAGGACUCAUCGACCACCCAGGGAUGUGGCACCCGUGGAGCCAGCAGUCUUUGCCGCAGAGCUCAUUGCGCGGCUGGAGAGCCUGCAGAGGGAGCAAGAGGCUCGCAGCUCGCUUGAGGAGCGCCUACAACAGAUCCAGGAGGAGGAAGAGAGGGAUGAGAGCGAGGUUUCUGGAAGUAGCUCUCACUCCAUACUGCCCCCCAGUGCCUGUGAAGAGGACCCACAAGCCAUCCUGGAUGAGCACCUCUCCCGGGUGCUGAAGACCCCUGGUUGCCAGUCCCCGGGCGCAGUACGUCAUCACUCACCAGACCCGUGGGGCUCCCGUGGCCAAGGCUUCGCCAUGGGCAAGUCUCCACGGCAUGCCCACCAUCAUCCACACCGUCACGCCCAGCAACAGGAUGUGCUGAGGGCCAGGGACCAGGCAGCAGAGGGGGCUGAGACAGCCCGGCACAUGCUGGGUCUCUGUUCUUGUCCCAGAGGCAGUGGCCUUGGCAGUCCUGCAGAAGGCCAACGAGGGCGUUACAGCACCCUACCCAAAAGACCACACAAGACUGAUGAAGGGUUGACCCAGGCAAACAUUGAAGGGGAAGGAUGCGCAGGCGGUGCACCGCUGCAGCCUCCCACCGAGGGUGCGGACCGCUCCCAGAGUGUGCUGCAAUGGAUUCUUGAAAGCGAGAAGCAGGCAAGGCAUCGGUCACAAAGUACUCAGGGAACUAGGAAGCCACAUGCAGGGGAAUCAUUGCACCUCCGCACCCACAGCUGGGGAGGGGGUGGUGGGCACCCACGCACAGUCCAGCCAUCACAGCCCUUUGUCCAGGACCCUGCCAUGCCCCCUUUGCCCCCACCAAACACGCUGGCCCAGUUGGAAGAGGCUUGCCGGCGCCUCGAAGAGGUGUCUAAAUUGCCUAAAACAAGGUAUUCCACACCAGGUUUCCCGCGAGAGCGGAGUCAGCCUGCAUCUAUCCAGAAUGGCACUUCUCUGUCCAGUUCUCAGCCUGCAGCUGAAGAGUCCAGAGAGCCAAGGAAGACCGCAGCUCCCCAGGGCUACCCGAGCUCAGAGCUCAUUGUCACCUACUUUUUCUGUGGGGAGGAGAUCCCUUACCGGAGGAUGAUGAAGACUCAUAGCUUGACUUUGGGGCAUUUCAAAGAGCAGCUCCGCAAAAAGGGCAGCUACAGGUACUACUUCAAGAAGGCCAGCGACGAGUUCGAGUGCGGGGCGGUCUUCGAGGAGGUGUGGGACGACAGCGCUGUGCUGCCCAUGUACGAGGGCAAGAUCUUGGGCAAAGUGGAGAGGAUGGACUGAAACCCUCGCCCCGAAUACUAGGAGCAACGGCCGCCUCCCGAGAGACUUGCUGUCUGAGGAGUGCAGCUCGGUCUUUCUGUGUGUUAAGCUACAGAGACUUUAAAUAUCCAGGAAACGAUAUGCACAAGACGGCAUGGAAGGACGAAGCGUUCCAAGUGUGAAGAUCAUUUUCAGAACCUUUAUAAAACCAAGUAGCCUUAGAAAGGCAAGAAGGAUGGAGAAUGAGGAGCAGCUGGACUGAACGAUGGGAUCACCACUAGGAUUAAGACCACUUUUCAAAGACACAGGCAACUGUUGUCAUGGAAAUGUCUGCCGUGCACAUGCAAAUGGAUGCCUGGUGACCCGCAGAGAACUGACACCAAGCCCAGCUUUUGACUUGUUCUGCUGGCCUUUCUCCAUGUGCUCACACACAAGAGGUGUGUGUCACCGGUGUAUAUAUUCCUGUACAGCGAAGAUACUGAUGCAACUGAAGUUUUUAGUGAAUAUUUAUUAAACUGCUGUCUCUUACCCAAUGUCCACAAGAUGGACAAGCUGCUUUGAUAUUUGGGAGAGGAUGCUCGACAUCCUUCCGCUGUUUUUAAAAAUGCAAGGACAGAGACUCAGGCCCCUUUGACAUGUCAGGCUGUGCCAGGGGUCUCUGUGGAGGUGAACCGCAGACCGGUGUUCCUCUGCGCUCCAAACCACCCCAGCAUAACCAGUGACCAGUGCUGCUUGCUCUGCACGUGCGUUCUGUAUCUGUUUCCAUGGGUGUAUCUGCCAGUUGCUGCACUGUGGUUCUUGUUGUGACAAGUGCCUUUUUUGCGCAGGGCGCAGAUUUCGGCGCUGCGUGGUGGGAGUUCGAACGGGGCAGGCGAACCGCGACCGCCAACAUGGUGCAACAGACGAGAAGAAUGUGUUUACACGAAUUGGCAACGGCGAGCACGCCAAAACAAUCUAUAGCAACGCAAAGUCCUCCCUAAAGAGGUGAAUGUAGACGACUGGGGUGGGCGUCCAGUUCCCCUGCGGCCUCGGGCCGGGCUGGGAUCGCGAGGCUGUUAACACCUGGAACACCAGGUGAGGCUGCUUGUUAACCGAAUCCUGGCAGACUCCGCAGGCUUCUUGCCCUUUGCUCCGUGGUCUUAAAACCACACGCCAGUGGAAGUGUUGCCAGCCCCAUCCCGUUCGCGUUCACGCCUCAUUUGGUGCGUUUCUCACAAUGUUGCCUGGAAAAACGACAACUGCUCCUGUACACGCUGUGGUUUUUGCUCUGGAGAUGCGCAGCAAAGAGUUCACUGCUGGUGUAGGACGGAGCUCAGAGGGCAGAGCUCACGCCUACGUGGACCGCCAUGUGUUGCCCUGAUUCAGGGUGCGAUAUUCCCUUGCUUUUCAGAGGGCUCGUAUGUUUCAAAGAGAUUUUUGAAUUCGAAAUCUUGUGAUCAUCAUGUUCAUGUUGAUGACUUUUGUUAAUGGUUUUAUGAUUUCUAUUUUUUAUUUUUUGG